AUGCCCACUGUUCAGGAGACCCCUUUCGACCUGCCGGGCCUAACAUUGCCGCUGGACUUUAAGCCGACGCGUGACGCAGUCGCCCCGUUCUUCGCAAAUGCUUUGGAUAAUGACGAUGUCGACGGGAGUGACGAAGCUGAGAUUUCAACAGUUAUAUCCGUCAGAGAGCUUUAUAUGAUGCGGAUCAUGGAGGCAGUAACCGACAAGCCGAACUGGGAUACUAAGAUCUGGAACAGAGAAAUCAGCGACAAAUGGCGAAGCAAAAUCCUGCAAGGGGACCUGGAUGUUACGGAGGCGAUGAUAGACUAUAUCUUUCGAGAGCUGGAGUGGAAAGCCUCCGAGUAUGCAAAAACGGGAAUCGUCACGGCAUUCGAUCCGGGACUGGCAAAAUCGGAUACGGCUAUUUCGCAGGACCUUCUAGAGGAACUUCGAGCGGCUGUGAAACCGCUCGAAGAUAUUUCUGAUGAAGAGAAGGAUUGCCAUCCUGGCUCAGAUGGGAAGGUUGUUGACUUGGUCCACCCAUCACUCUUUCCCCUCAUUUAUGGCCGAACCCGGGUCCUUCGCGACAAGGUUAUUGGAAUUGACAACUGUCUCAACAGCGUCGGGCAAGGGGCCGUGCUAAAUAUUGAUAAAAACACGGAACCUUCUCGCAUGAACACGAGCCGGCGGAGAUUGCGACGGAUUAACAAGUACAGCCAAAGGUUCCAGUGGCUCCCAUGCAAUGUGGAAUUCGGACCAAACGGAGAGUGUCAGAUCGCGUCCUACAUCAACAAUCUUCAUCCUGUAAGGCACAAAAAUCUUUACCAUAUAAUCGAGCAGAUUAUCACACGAACCAUUCCGCUUUGGAACGUCUCUCUGGCCCCGCGGGGGGACCUGCCACGCCGCAUCCCUUACCGCAGGGUUUCAUACCCAUCCGACGAAGAGCCCGAGCCUGAAUACGACAGUAGCGAUGAUUUUGACGAGCGUUACGAGGAAUGGCGAGAUAACCGUCGACCGAAGCAACCGGAGCCCUGCCCUUUUCAGGCCCCCCGGUCUAACAUGCACAAGCAAGUUGACCUUUGCGAACAGUAUCGUGACAAAGGGCUGCAAGUCAUUGUCAAGCUAGCAAAUAUUGAGCUCACCCCAGAGAAACCUGACUACGAGGGUGGAGCGUGGCAUAUUGAGGGACAGCUGAAUGAGAGGAUCUGUGCCACUGCCAUUUAUUAUUACGACUCUGAGAACAUUACUGAGAGUACGCUCUCCUUCCGCCACCGUGCCGACACAAAUUAUUUUCAAGAACUCCGUUAUGAACAGGACGACUUCCAGUUCCUGCGCAUCUUUGGCUUCGAACCAAGGGCGGGUCGCAAUGAUUAUGAGCAGAUCACCCAAGAUCUUGGUUGGGUGUCAUGUCGGAUGGGACGGUUGUUGACCUUCCCAAAUACCCUCCAACACCGCGUCUCACCAUUUUCGCUUGCCGAUCGGUCCAAGCCAGGCCAUCGAAAGAUCCUUGCGCUCUUUCUCAUUGAUCCCAGCCGGCGCAUCAUCUCAACCGCGAACGUCCCGCCACAGAGGGAGGACUGGUGUAACGAUUGGGCGGCAGCUACAAACGAUGUGCUGAAUAACCGCCUACCCAGAGAACUGCAAGCUAUGGUCCGCGAAAAUCUCGAAUUUCCACCGAUGACUAUGGACGAGGCGAAAGCAUACCGUGUGGAACUCAUGGCUGAAAGGUCCUCGAAGUCGGAGUCCGAAAAUGAGAUGUUCACACGGGGAGACUUCUCUUUAUGCGAGCACUGA